GUGACUGUCGUGCUACUGUACAGCCCCACGGAGAGCCUUUCCACUCAGGUACAGAAACUCCAGCCACUGGUUCACCAUUUACUUUUUACAUAAAAAAGACUCUGGAAGAUGCAUAAACAAUAUACCUCAGUGAGCCCCACCAGUGACGUCAUUGAGAAGACGGAGAAUGGACCUCUCCCAAAGAAAUACCGCUACAUACGCAAAGAGGGCAGCUGUAACGUUGUUUUCCGCCAUGUUCCCGAGGAGUGGCUGCUGUUUGUUACCGACAUCUUCACAACCCUGGUGGAGAUCAGAUGGAGAGUGAUGUUCCUGAUCUUUGCCCUGUCUUACAUCCUGUCUUGGCUUUUCUUUGGCAUAAUUUACUGGGUCAUUGCUCUUGCUUACGGUGACACCAGAGAAAUCACACCCGAACCCUGCGUGUACGGGGUGCACGACUUCACAGCCGCUUUCCUCUUCUCGCUUGAAACUCAAACAACCAUUGGCUAUGGUUCCAGAGGGAUGUCCGAGAACUGCAUGAUUGCCAUUAUCAUCGUAACUAUACAAGAUGUCAUCAGUUGUUUCAUCGACACGUUUGUCAUCGGAAUUGUUGUGGCAAAAAUGGCCUCGGCCAGAAAGAGGGCUCAGACGGUAGGAUUCAGCAACUGUGCCGUCAUUAAUCUUCGUGAUGGUUACUUGUGUCUCUCCUGGAGAGUCGGAGACUUUCGAAGGCACCAUCUGGUGGAGGGGACAGCUCGCGCCCAGAUUGUCCGCUCCACGGUGCAUGCCACAGGGAAAAUGGAUGUGAGCUACGAAGAUCUGGUGAUUCAGCAGAGGGAAAUCAUUCUGGUCACACCUACCACAGUCUUCCACAGGAUAGAACCUGGCAGCCCUCUGUUCAGUAUGAGUUUGAUAGAUCUUCGGAAAGCAGACUUUGAGCUUGUGGUGUCUUUUACCUACACGGACGACUCCUCAGGUAUGCUACAUCAGACCCGAACCUCAUACACUCCACCUGAAAUCCUCUGGGGUCAGCUCUUUCAGGAGAUGAUCAGGGUCAGCAGGAGGUACUACAGGGUGGACUACACCUUGUUCAAUCACACUGCAAAGGUGCUGGUGCCUGAGGUCAGCGCUGAGGAUUAUGAACACAAAAAGCAGCUGCGACACUCUCCCCGACACUCUCCCCGACCUUCUCCAAGACAUUCACCCAGAUCUUCCCCCCGCCUUUCCCCAAGAUCUUCUCCUCGCCCCUCUCCAAGGUUACAGCAUCGGAAUCAUCAUGAAAACCUUCUGAAACCCCCAACAGUAACUGUGGAACUUGUGAACGAUAGUAUCCCUGAAGCAACUGUUUCAACAUCUCAAGCAGACAAUAAACACCAAGAUACGUUGCCUUUGCCAAUUUAUCUCAAAGAUACAGAAAUAUAAAAGCGGAAACACUAUCCUCACGGAGGCCUUUGAGCCGGGCACUCCUCUACACAUUCUCCUGAUUGUCUAUUUCUUCACAAAAGUAACUGCUGAAGAGGAAUAUCUUGGGUACCAAAUAAUGUUAAGAAUUCUGGCUCCUGUGUUUUUUGCCAUAUAUAUAUUGUUUGUUUUAAAGUGAUGCUCCAGCAAAAAAUCUGUAUCAAACUUGUAGGCUUGGAAGAUGACACCGACAGAUCCCCAGCUGUUUAUUUAUCACAUUUGAAUGGUAUUAUUGUGCCUCUUGAUAAAAGACAGUAGAAAAACUACUGAAAUAACCCUGAAGAAACACAACAUUGUAAGCGAGUGGCGCUAGUGCUACUAACAAACUCUGCUUGCGUUGUAUUUUUCAAAGAACGCACAUUUGACAGUGACAUUUCAUAGUGAAUAUAUGCAAAAACUCCUCAAGACCAAAGCCAAGUCCCCUUGUCUUGCUUGCCAUCUUUUCUCAUUUCAAAAUAAAAUUGAGUGCCUAAUAUAGCCAAUACCGAGCGGUUACACGGAAGCGUAUAACUGUCCAUGUUUGCAGCUUAAGUUGUCCUUACAGAGACACUUUUAUAAGCUGCAGUACUGUCGUUUGCCACUGGGGCAACUUGUCUGCAAAGCUGACUCACUAUGCUAUAACCACCAGCUCUGGUAAUGCAUUCACGAUUUGGCCCAUAAGAGCGCCCCACCUGAUACUCUUGAAUUGGUCAGGAGAACUUUAAAGGUCCCCUAAUAUACAAAAUGCACUUUUUGCUGUCUUUUAUACAUACAUGUGUCCCUGGUGUGUAAGGAGACUCACAAAGUAUCAGAAAAUACAACCCUCUCUCUUUUCCUCCUUACCCACAUCUCUAAAAACGGGGGUACAAACGAGCUGAUCCAGAUGACCUCAAAAGUAUUGACCGAAAUGUGGGCUGGCUUUACAUUUAACUCAAGGCAACGUCCCACCCACGUGACACGUCCCCCAAAUACGGUCGCGAGCUGAAUCCCCUCAAGCAGCUCUGUUUGUCUGUGUAUUCAGCAGGAUGUCUGCAGGAGGGACUUAAGAGUAGUUGUAUAUAUAAUACAUAUGAUGUCACUGUUCCAGUGGUAAACAGAAAGUGUUUCAGAAAUAAUGCUUGAUGUGGUUUGGAACAUAAUAUGGCGUUUUAAUCACAGCAGCAUUUAGUAUUCUGCCAGUAGAAAACUUUCUCCAGAGCACAGAUCAUGCAUGACGCUCCAAAGGGGCGUGGCCAGCUUCAGCUCAGCUCAAAUUUAAAGCGACAGUCACAGAAUCAGCACUUCAGGAACAGGGCUGAAAUAGAGGGGGAUGAGGCAUGCUACAAUGGGUGAUCUGUUUGGUAUUUUGAGCAACAAAAAUUGGAUAAAUCUGUAUCCAAAUAUUAUGAAUAUACUAAGCAUUGACAAAUAGACUAGAGUUAUCUUCCAGAAGUGGAAUUAAAGUUUAAACGUAUAUUAUUUAUACUCUUUGAUAAAACUAUAUAUUUUACAGAAAGUGACUUGUAUUUAAACUGGCCAGGCUCAGCCACCUUUUAAGCCUACAUGUUGUCAGUAUUUAAUAAACAAAAAUAUAGAUACUGGAAGAAGCAUCAACAUGACAACAUCAGAAAGAAAAAACUAUAAUAAAAAGAAGCCCCUUAUUUGAAAUCUUAAAAAUGAAUUUGUUUUGUUUUUUUUGUUCAGUUUGAGGUUAUUGUGCAAUUGAGGGCAAACAAUGAAAGACAUGUGGUUGAACAUUAUUUUUAUACUUUUUAUGGACCUUUUCGAGAGAUUGUCUUAUCAAGUGCAGUUUUCAAAAGAACAAUUAACUUCAAAUCUCAACUACGAAUGAUUUUUUUUUUUAGCACUAGUGAAGGCGCAUGAUAAAUUAAGAAAAUGUAUUUAAAAUGACAACUGGGCAAUCUUCUGAGGAAGAUAAGCUGAAAAGCCUGGGAACAGCUACUAAAAGGAUAUUGUGGGAAGAUUGUUUUGUCUACAACUGUGUAUUUUGUUAUAUUAUAAGUGUAAAAAGAAAUGACGUGAAAAGAAAGACAUACAUUUUAGGACAUUACUUAUUUCAAAAGAAGGCCUCUACAUUUUAGCCUUCAUGUUACACAACUUUGACUGACUGUCACAAGAGUUUAAGGUCCAGUCACUGUAAAUAAUCGUCAUAGGGGUGACUACCGCAAUAUCCCUUAUUAUUAGUAAAAUCGUCAGAGUUUGUAUGGAAACAUGUCAAAUGUUAAGUUUUCUUUAUGUGUGUGGUGGUGGAAUCACAUUUGUUCAGCAAAUACCAGAACGUCUAGCAAUUGAAAACCGUUUUUUCAUACAAAAAUAUAUUAACUUAUUGUCUGGACAAUAUAAAUAUUAUUUGAUAUCUUGAUAUGAGCCUGAUUUUUGUCUUAGAUGUUUGAUAUUGACAACAAAUAUUGUAAAUCAUUUACCGAUUAAAGAUAUGUAUUUGUAAUUUUGUUCAUAUAGCAUCAUUAAGCAGAUUUUAUAAAACAUGGCUUACAAGAUGUUAAUAAUUUUAAUAAAGUUAUGUUUAAAUGUC